AUGUCCGGAGAGACAGUGGUGAGCACCGCCGUGCCAGCAGCCACGACCCGCACCACGUCCUUCAAAAGCGGCAGUCCCAGCUCCAAGUAUGUGAAGCUGAACAUCGGCGGCGCCUUGUACUACACCACCAUGCAGACGCUGACCAAGCAGGACACCAUGUUGAAGGCCAUGUUCAGUGGCCGGAUGGAGGUCCUCACGGACAGCGAAGGCUGGAUCCUGAUAGACCGCUGUGGCAAGCAUUUUGGAACCAUUUUAAACUACCUGCGCGAUGGUGCCGUGCCCCUCCCGGAGAGCCGGCGGGAGAUUGAGGAGCUGCUGGCCGAGGCCAAGUACUACCUGGUCCAAGGCUUGGUGGAUGAGUGCCAGGCUGCCCUUCAGUCCGUCCUCUUCCUUUCUCAGAACAAGGAUGUCUACGAGCCUUUUUGCAAAGUGCCCAUCAUCACGUCCUCCAAGGAAGAGCAGAAACUCAUAGCCACGUCCAACAAGCCAGCGGUUAAAUUGCUCUACAACCGAAGCAAUAACAAAUAUUCCUACACCAGCAAUUCAGAUGACAACAUGCUGAAAAACAUCGAGCUGUUUGACAAACUCUCCCUGCGCUUCAACGGGAGGGUCCUUUUCAUCAAAGAUGUGCUGGGAGAUGAGAUUUGCUGCUGGUCGUUUUACGGCCAGGGACGCAAGAUUGCGGAAGUGUGCUGCACCUCGAUUGUGUACGCCACCGAGAAGAAGCAGACCAAAGUUGAAUUCCCAGAAGCCCGAAUCUACGAAGAGACCUUGAACAUCCUGCUCUACGAAGCCCAGGACGGCCGAGGUCCCGACAAUGCGCUGCUGGAGGCCACUGGGGGGGCAGCCGGGCGCUCCCACCACCUGGAGGAGGACGAGGAGCGUGAGCGCAUCGAGAGGGUCCGCCGGAUCCACAUCAAGCGCCCCGAUGACCGCACUCAUCUGCACCAGUGA